GUGUCGCUGACUCUCUCCAAAAAAGCUCUUUUUUACAUGCUCUGCCGUCCGCACAUCGGGGAGCAUGGGAAUGAGCAUCUUCGGUACUCGGAUCCGUUUGGACCUUAUGUUCUGGUGCCGGUGUGGGGAUUAUCUCUGACUGUGAUCGUUAUCCACUACGUGCGAAUAUUCAAAGUUGUAAGGCAGCACCGAAAGAAAGUGUUCAACCGGGGAGUCCAGCUGAGGCCGACGGUGACGGAGCACGUCUGGGGCUGGCUGAGUGUCUCCGCUUCAGCACCACGGACAGCUCCGCCGGGCUCCGGCAGCCCGCUGCCUGCACGCCGGACGGUGCUUUUGGUGGCCGAAGCCGGAGCCUCCUGUGCGGGCGCUUCCGCAGGGGGCGUCCAAGGGAGACCUCCGGAGAUCGUCGGGGCAGUGUGUCUUCUGACACCUGGGGCCAGGGAGCGGGGGAAGAAACAGAUGGAGGGGAAAGUGGCCCAGCGCUUUGGGUACAUUAUCAUUGCCUUCACGCUUUUCUGGGUUCCCAUGGUGGUUAUUUUGCUCAUGAACGUCAUCUCGUGGCGGGACACAGACAGAUUGCUGAUGGAGCUGGAGACAUCAGCCAUGGUGCUGACCUGUGUGCAGGCUGCAGUGGAUCCUCUCAUCUACACUUUAGUCACUAGACAGUUUCGCUCUGAACUCAGCAAGAUCUUCUCCUCCAUCCAAGGGUGUCCACUAAAACUAAGAGCUUGAAGGAUCAAUACUUUGAACAUUUGGGUCACCUGAACUGGAAACCACUGAAGCUAAAUAUACACAAGCCGCUACCUUGUGUUUGCACACUUACACACACAAACACAGAGUGAUUUAGAGGCGGGUGAAGAAGAGAGCCCACAGAUUUUGUAUUUGUGGCAGAUAUAGAUGUUUUAUCAGGCGUUUCACAGUCGGGACACAAGACAAGGUCAUAAAUAAUAUCAAACACCUGACAAGAUACGCACAGCAGUAGUCUCAACAACGACAGGUGGCAUAGGAGGGCAAAGCAAAGAGUGAGAGGAAAACUGACUGAGCCCAGAAAAAAGACAAUCAAAGGAGAGUACAUAACAGAGAAAGAGAGAGACAAACACCAUCACAGACCUCUGUUUUUGUCAUUUGUAAAUAAAAAUGCAAUCCUUUGACACUUUGAGCGGAAAGAUGCUUACAUAAUAAUUCAAACUGUGUCAUUUGAAAGUGUAGCUGACACAAAACAACCUGUGUUGAAACAGGGAAGCAGGAAAUAAAUCACGUUUAAUCACUGUCCUAGCAACAAAGCAAACAAACAAACAAAAAAAAUACAGGGAACCUCACUUCUGCCAUUACCUAUGUCAUACCCUUGUAGUUUUCAAUAGAUUCUAUGUCAGACUUGAUACUGUGAAUAUGAAGUCGAUGUCUUUACCCCACUUUUAAAAUGACACUGAAAAAGCUCUGCCUGUCUGUGCUUGUCGUCUUUUUUACUCCUGGUAAAUUUGCGCACAGUUUGACUAAACACUAAUACUGGAUCAUCUAGGUGAUCUGUUGUCACGGAGUACGUACUACAUUACCAGCAAUAGUACUAGGUCUCUACUAGGAAUACCAGAGGCAAAACACAUCCUCUUCCAACUCUGUAAAAUACUUUUGGCUUUCUUUGGGCUGAUACUAACCUCAUGAUCAGAGAGAACUAAUGCACAAAAGAGGAGUCCAAGAGACCUUAGAGUCUUGUGUAGUGAUGCACUGAUAUGGUACCGAUAUGCUAUAUAUUCCCAUCCAUACUGGCUGAUAUGAUGAUGAUGAUGAUGAUAUGAGUUUUUUGUAAGAGUACAAAUGCAUGUGUAAAACUGGUUAAGCUUUUCUGAUGUGUCCAUCUUAAGUCAAUUAAAUAUAUAUUUUUAAAAAGACCACAAUACAUUUUCUUCUGCUGCUAAUUUGACAGUUGUUUUAAAAGACAGUCUACUUCUACAGAAAAUGAUAGUUACACAUUAGCUACAUAUGGGCAGACCAAUUCCAGUAUUGCUUUUGAAAUAUACUAUUGGCUGAAAUGGACAGUAUGCUGAUAUAUUGAUGUUUCUAGCCCUGUCUGUGUGCUCUUGAUCAACAUUUUAUUUCAUCAACGUGGAGCAGAAGUGGAUGCUUAGUCUGCUGGGACUGAAGCUUCUCCUCCCUGCUUUAGUAGAAACCCCGGCAGUGGUUUCAUCCACCUAAAGACAAAUCCAACUCCUGUCUGGACUCAGAAUGACAUUCAAGAUGAAAAAGGCCAACUGAGAGUCAUCAGGUAAAGAGCUAAAAGGUCACUGUCCAUAGUUACAAAGGUCAUCUUUGAUGGGCUUUGAUGAGCAGUAUUACUAAAGUUACAUGGUGAGGGGGCUGUGAGUUGAGAGAACAGACAGAAUAGCGCAUGUUUUUGGUGACAGAGAUCUGUGGAUGGCUCAUCCAGUGUCCUCCGUGUCUCUGUGGUCACCGUUACAACAGACUUCCCUGCUUUAAAUUCUCCCUUUAAGAUAAAGUAAAUAAAAUCCUUUGUAACACCAAGGAGGACAAAAAGUACAAACACCAAGUU